AGAAAGGGAACAGUAGAGGAGAAGAGGAAGUUACAUUUUCAUUCGUUCUCGCACUCCGCAGGGUGUGCACGUCAUUGUUGACAUUUACAUGCAGUUGUCAAACAGGCAUUUAGUGACAAAAAAUACCGUAUUAGAAAGAUAGAUUUGUAUCAUAGGUAUCUUCGAGUGCAAAAAGUUGCCGGGAAUUUGACUUUGGCCGCCAUGUUUAGUUGUGGUAGCAGUAGCGAAGCGUCCUCUGCCUAUGCCCUGUUCUUAUCGGGAUUUCUGGGGCAUUUCGCCCCUUCUGCACCACCUUUUCGAGGAACUAGAUGAGAAAAGGGACAAGAAGAACGGUGAAAAGUCGAAAGAGAGAGAGCUGAGUAGGAGGAAGAAUUAGGUUCACAACAAAAUCGCUGAAAGUGUUUAUUGUGGUGUCUGCUGUGAGAUUUUUAAGCCGCUGAAAUAUUACAAUUGUCCGACUUGAGAAAGUUUUCGCGGAUUACCCUCUCUAGACGUCUAUUAUAGACCGACAUGUGCGGACCAGCAGUAGACAUCACCUCAGCCAUGGCAGGGCAGCACUAUUGUUUAAGGUGGAACAACUAUCAGUCAAAUAUGACCUCAGUGUUUCACCAGUUACUGCAAACUGAAGCAUUUGUUGAUGUCACCCUCUCUUGUAAUGAAGCCUCUCUGAAAGCUCAUAAAGUUGUGCUGUCAGCAUGUUCCUCAUAUUUUCAAAAGCUACUUUUAGAGAAUCCAUGUAAACAUCCAACAAUCAUUAUGCCUCCAGAUGUGUGUUUUAAUGAUCUUAAGUUUAUAAUUGAAUUUGUGUACCGAGGGGAAAUAGAUGUGUCUCAGGCAGAGUUGCAGAGUCUUCUUAAGACAGCUGAUCAGUUGAAGAUAAAGGGCCUAUGUGAACUUCCAGAGGGAAGAGAAGGAGGUGUAGUUAUUCCCUCAGCCCAAGUAACACCACUACCACCCAAUGCUCGGAGACGUACAAUAACAAAAUUUCGACGCAUUGCUGGUCACAAAGGACGACGGUUUGAACCUAGAGGUCGACCACCUAUGUAUAGAGGAACUGCAACUGUGAAACAAGAACAACCCCAACCCUCCCCUCAGCACCAUCAGCAACACCAUCAACAACAACAGCAGCAACAACAGCAUCAACAGCAGCAGCAAGUUCUUCAGCAGCAACAACAAAUGCAACAUCAACAGCACCAGCAACAUCAAAUGCAUCCUCAAACUCACCUUCAACCAAAUGCUGGUCACAUACAGGUGGCUAAUGGGAUGACUGUCAAUGUUGGCAUGACAGUGGCUACAUCUACCGAUGAAGAGCGCAGUGGUGGAGGUCAUAUGGCCACAGGUGAUAUUCCUGUUGUUAUCCUUGAAAGCCGUCCCCACUCCCAUGGGCAUACUGGCCAGCCACAAAUGCAUCCACACCUUCAGCAUCAUCAGUUAACAACAGCAGUGAGUACAAUGCAGGUUUCCCCUGUCCUCCUUUCUCAUCAAGGUCACUUACAACAGCAUGGUCUUUCACUUCCACCACCUCAGCCUCAGCAAAUGGAACAGCAUAAUUCACAUUCAGUUCAUUCAGGUCACUCUGCUCAUUCAGCUCACAGCAAUAGUGCCAGUGAUGUUGAAAUGCCUCCAGAAGUCACUCCACCAGCCCCCUCUGCAACCCCUGUUCCUCUUAUGGCCAUCCAUGAAGAUUCCAUACCCAGAAGUAGAGAUAUGGCAGUGGAUACGUCAGGAAUAGCUCACAAUACUGAAGACGAAAAUGUUAAAGUUAAGUUUGAAACCCUUCGAGCCAUGGAGCAGGGAGAUACUAUAAAUAUGGAUAGUCAUAUGACUGAUCGACAACAGCAACAACAGAACAUGGGUGAGGAUGAUCAUACAAUGCACACUAUGAUGAUAACCCCAGAACUUCUUGGUCUGAUACCAUCUUCUUCUGGUCAUUCAACUGAUUCCACAGCUCCUUCGCCAGCUGAUGGUCAACCCGAGCAACCAAAAGGCCCAGGGGGACCAAAGACAUGGACACAAGAAGAUAUGGAUGCAGCACUGGAUGCUUUGCGCACGCAAAAUAUUUCACUAACCAAAGCAGCUACCAUGUUUGGCAUUCCCUCGACUACAUUGUGGCAAAGGGCACAUCGUCUUGGUAUCGACACACCGAAGAAAGAAGGUCCCAACAAGUCUUGGUCUGAAGAUAACUUGAAUAAUGCCCUUGAGGCGCUCAGAAGUGGAUCUAUAUCUGCCAAUAAAGCCAGUAAAGCUUAUGGUAUUCCUAGCAGUACUUUGUAUAAAAUUGCUCGGAGAGAAGGCAUCAGAUUAGCAGCACCUUUUAAUGCCGCCCCAACAACUUGGAACCCUGACGAUUUGGAAAGAGCUCUGGAAUCUAUCAGAUCAGGUCAAACUUCUGUUCAAAGGGCAGCUGCUGAAUUUGGAAUUCCCACUGGUACAUUGUAUGGACGAUGCAAGCGUGAGGGUAUAGAACUCUCUAGAAGUACUCCCACUCCCUGGUCAGAAGAUGCAAUGCUGGAAGCUCUGGAGUCAGUGAGAGUAGGUCAAAUGAGCAUCAAUCAAGCAGCCAUCCAUUACAAUCUACCUUACUCUUCACUUUAUGGUCGUUUUAAACGUGGAAAGUAUGAAGCAGACCAUCCAAGCGGAGAUGAAUCCAUGGACGCCCCAGUUUCUCCCAACAUUCAGCCUCAAAUCAUGGUUCUACCUUACUCUGUCAGUGUCUCUCAACAUGCACAACAGCAGCAUCAGCAAACAGCCCAACAACAAGCACAGGCUGCAGCAGCCCAGCAACAAGCUCAACAGCAGGCAGCCCAAGCCCAGCAGGCGCAGCAGCAGGCCCAGCAAGCUGCUGCAGCUCAGCAAGCUGCUCAGCAGGCUGCACAACAACAAGCUCAGCAGGCAGCGCAGCAGGCAGCUCAGCAACAAGCUGCUCAAGCUGCUGCGCAGGCUCAGCAACAGCAGCAACAAGCAGCUGCUCAACAGGCGCAAGCGGCUGCUCACCAGAUACACCAGCAGCAGCAGCAACAACAGCAGCAGCAGCAGCAGCAGCAGCAGCAGCAGCAAGCGGCCGCCCAGGCCGCUCAGGCUGCUCAGGCCCAGCAUUCCAUGGGACAAUAUCAGCCUCAUAGUACUAGUUGAGUAAGCAAUUGGCUUACGGAGCAUUUAUGAUUUUGCCAAUCGAGAUGGCCACACAUGUGAUGUCUGAUGUCAUGUGAUUCUUGCUCUGGAGCCAAUCAAUUAUAGUGUAUUCUUAGUUGAGACACUUCUUAAAAAGAUCAACUGUCUUUCAGAAAAGCAGUUUCCUUAUGAAUGGUGCUCUCCCUUUUAAAGCGCAACUGGAUUCAAAUAAUCCAUGUGGUCCUAAAGUUUUAAAUAAGGCCACACUGCAGUCUUCUUUUGGAAAGAAAAUCUCCUGCCGUAUCUUCUGUAUGAAUGUUGAUUGAUUUGUACCAUGGUUAGCUGUGUAUUCUAGAUCUUAUCAAUUUUGAAAAGUGCUGUGUUUACAAAACAUGCAUACCUAUUUACUUAUGAUAUAAGAGUUUUUGAGAGCUUGGCUUAAUUUUACUCCCUUACUUUAAAUAUGUUAGGAAAGUGUGUUUCCUAUUCUUUGUAUCUGUUGGUAUAUUGUACAUCACAAGUAUUAAUCGUUGCAUUGUAUGUAUUAUAUUAAAGAAAAAAGUAUAUGCGGCCAUGCAGCCAAGGCAGCUACUCUCCUUUGUUUCAGGAGGCCAAUGUACUCUAAUAAGAUGCUAUUUAAGACUGAAGUCACUUAUAUUACGAUAAAAUAUCUCUAAUUAAAAUCUAUUGCUGAAUGCUUUAUUAUUAAGCAUGAGACAGCCUACGUUUUAGUUGUUUUAGUUUUCUUACAUUGUUGGCACUUGUUAAACUUUUCAAUUAAUUUUCUUUUUUUUUCCUUUUAAAAUUUUAACUGUUGCCGUCAAGGCAUGUUGUAAUUUGUUACAAAUGUUGCAUUAUAAGAGGACAGUGCUUAUAUUCUGUGCUUUCCUUAAAGAUUUCUACUUUUUUUUUCUUUUUUUACUAUGGGCGGUUUGUUUCUGGCAUUUUUUCAUCUCAUCUAGUCUGCAAAAGUGAUUUAUAAAUAACAAAAAAAGAUUUUUAAGUUUAGUUCAAGCUCUGAAGUAUUUUGGGGCAAUAUUCGCAGCAAUAAUUCUCAGUACUGAUUUGUCAUAUUUUUGCUACCUAUUUUCAAAUUGACAGUUUCAUUUUCUUUCUGAUGAGAAGACUGGUAAUAAAUAUGUGAGAUUAAAUGCCUUCCCGGGAGAGGAGUCUGUACUGCUAGGCUCUAACUAAUUCUGACACUUAAUGACAGAUUCAUUACUGCUUGCCUGAUUUUUCUCUUUUUCUAAAAAGUCUGUUUGCAAACAGAAGAUCAAUCUGUUCUGUUUUGUCUUGUUUCCUAGUGCGUCUCUUCAAAACGUGAAAAAUUUAUGAAUAAAUUACUGUGAAUGGUAACAACUUCAUGCAAUUGGUUGUCCAAUGACCUUGCACGAUGAUAGUAAAGCGUAAGUUCUUUGAGAAAUUGUUACCAUUUCGCCUGAACUGAUGCAGUCUCCUGCCACUCUCCUCUCCUGUCUUUUUUUGUAAAUUCCCUUGCUGGCCAAUUUUUGUUUCCUUACUAUAACAUUGAGUCAGUUCUUGAUUCUCCUAACAGCUUGCUUUCUGCUCAGAGCGUAUUCACCCUUUUUUUGUGUGUGUGUAUGUAUCUGAAUGUUUUGAAUUCAAGCUAAUUUUAAAGUUUAUCCUGUAUGUUGAGAAUUGAUAAUGUACAUGUUACGUAUGUUUUAUUUUUAUUUUAUUUUAAAUUAAUAUUUUAUGUUCAAGGGUAAUAUAAAAUUUCCAUAAGAGUUUUAGCACACAGCUCCCGCUGAACAAAACACCCAUGUUUCAUAGUCUUUUGUUGAGUUACUUUACUCUCUUACCAUUGAUCAUUUUAUUUUGUCUUUUCAUCUCUUCUUGCUUGUUAAAGAAUGCGUCAUGCAUCCUCGAUUUAUCUGUCUAUGAAAUUGUUUGGAUCCAUUCCUCUAAUUUGCUUGAAAAAAGAAAGUAUUUUGGAAGUCUUUUAUUUCUUAACUAGGUUACUAGCUGCAGAUUUAUUGUUUUUGUUCUGUUUUUCUUUUCCUUUUCAGUUUUGCCCUACAAUAUGUUUACCAUUGAUGAAGAUCUGGAUUUUGUUGCAUAGAUACAAUAUGCAUUGUGAUAGGAGAAUCCUCCAUUUAGUGCUUAUAGGCUAGUAUUUGCAGUGUAUCUGCUCCUAUACCCCUGUUAUGAUCAGAGGUUAAGGAGUGGGCUUUAAUUUACUUUUCUUUUCCUUAAAUGAUUCUGUUUGUUUCUUUGAAUGUUGAGUGCUUUGAGCUUAGAUAAAAUGAAUCUUCCUUAGGUCUUGUACAUAACUCGUUUAUUUAUCUUUUGGAACUUUAUGGAAAUUCUAAAUCUUAUUUUGUGUGGAUCCACAAGUGUCCUCGCAAUAAUCAACUAAGGCCUCUGUAUUUGUACUUACUUAAAUUACUGAUCUGAUCUGUAUUGUAAGGACAUAUUUCAUAUUUCUGAAUCUGAAGUUUCUCAUCAUGUGACUCUCAUGCCAGUCUGGUCAAAUGUGUGGGCUGGCAAAUUUUGAACAGAAAUGUUAGUAUCUGUAAAUAUUGUAAGUAGCCUUAAUUUAAAGCUAUUGGUAGAGCCUAACUGCCUGUAUCCUACAUUCUUAGACUGAUGGAGACAUAUUUAUGAGAGUACUGUCAUAAAUUAUUUCAUGUUAAGUCUGACUACAAUUUAAUCUUUAGAGUAUUACAGUUACCCUAAUUUGUAGGAUUCAUAAUUGGUUUCAUGGAAAAUUGAAAGGCAUAGUACAAAGAAUGUGGGUCAGAAUCACAGUGCCUUCCAUUGUGACUUGAUUAGCCUCAGAGACCAAUAGGUGUAAGGAUCAGAGUGAAAAUGUGCAUACCUCCAAACCCCUCAACUACCUAUUGUGCAUUAAAAUCAUGAUUUACCCCCACUUUUCACAUAUUUUUUAGUAAUUUAAUUUAAACUCCCGGUCGCAUUUUGUAAUAGGACUUUCAUCUGUUUUAUUUCCUCAGUAUUUUUUCAAUACAUCUGAAAAACAAAGUUGGUUGGUGAUCAUGAGACAAACAUGCAUAUCUUUUUAUCUGAACUUAUUGCAGUUAAUUAUAAGAACCUUGAUGUAUUGUGUGUGUGUGUGUGUUUGUGUGUAUGUGUGUGAGAGAGAGAGAAAGAAAAAAAAUCAAUUUAAAAUAAGGGGAGAAGGGGCAGGGGAGGGGCGGGAAGCAGGCUUAGCUGUGCAAGAGGCUUGCAUUUAUGUUUCUUAAGAAAGUUAAGAUUCUGUUUAGAAAAUGUGAUACAAAAUGUUGUGUCUACUUUAUUGAUUAUUAUCAAUACUGUUCACGCAAUGUAUAAUUAUGCCAUUUGUUUCAACAAGAGACUUAUUUCCAUAACUGUUUUGUCCUGCAAUGUUGCUAUCAAGAUGAGUGAUCAAAUAAAUUUGUAGUUCUAAAGGUAACUUUGACAGUCUUCCUUGUAUCCUUUUCUUGUUUUCAAACUCUAAAUUUGCGUCUCUCAUUUCUUUACUGGCUUGUGCUCAUAAGAUACUGGUGUGAUUGAUUAUUUGCUACCCUCUGGUAAUUAUUUCAAAAAUUUGAUGUAUGAAAUUAUAAAGCUUUGAGGGAAGGUAGUUUCUGCUCACUGGUGAGAUGCCUGCUGUUGAAACAAUAUUUUGGCUGUAAAAAGACCUGUGAUGAAUAUCAACAUGUAGUAAUAGAUGCCAUUGCAAUGUUAUUGUAAAUACAGUACAAAAUUGCUAUUAUCCACUCAUAACCCAGUAGUUUUGCUGUAAUGUAUACCAUUAUUGUAUCAUGUCAGUAAGGACAAUUAUGAUGUGGACUCAUAAUUGUUGUGUAAAUAAUGAAAUAAUGCAUCACAUCUGCUUACUUUUCAAAGAAUUGUUGUAGUAUCUGAAUCCCAGAAGUUGUAGAAAAGUUGUAUAAAACUCUAUUGAAAUUGUAAUCAAUGUACAUUGAAGGAAGGUAGUCAGUCUAAGUCAGGCCAGUGAAUUUGUAUAAAUCAAUUAGUUGUGUAUGAUACGUGAAUGUAGGAGAAAUUGUGCAAUGGAAAGUUAUCUCAUUCCAAUAAAUUAAUUUGUUUUGCCAUCGCCAA